CAACGAAGGAGCGGUGAGGAGGAAGAAGAAAGGGAAGUUGCUAGCUGGCUAACAGUUUUACCAAUCCUCCGGUUUUAGCAUUUCGAUAAUGGCGCCUUUAGACCUUGAUAAGUACGUUGAAAUAGCAAGACACUGCAAAUACCUACCGGAAAAUGAUCUAAAGAGAUUAUGUGAUUAUGUUUGUGAUUUGCUGCUGGAAGAAUCAAAUGUUCAGCCAGUCUCGACUCCAGUUACUGUUUGUGGAGAUAUUCAUGGUCAGUUUUAUGAUCUUUGCGAGCUCUUCAGAACUGGAGGACAAGUUCCAGACACAAAUUACAUUUUCAUGGGAGAUUUUGUAGAUAGAGGAUAUUAUAGCCUGGAGACAUUUACACACCUGCUGGCUUUAAAAGCAAAGUGGCCGGAUCGUAUCACACUUCUACGUGGAAACCAUGAGAGUAGACAAAUAACCCAAGUGUACGGCUUUUAUGAUGAGUGCCAAACAAAAUAUGGAAAUGCAAAUGCCUGGAGGUAUUGCACAAAAGUGUUUGAUAUGCUGACUGUGGCAGCUUUGAUAGAUGAGCAGGUCCUGUGUGUUCAUGGUGGUCUUUCACCUGACAUCAAGACUUUGGACCAGAUCCGCACCAUUGAACGCAACCAGGAGAUUCCCCACAAGGGGGCCUUCUGUGAUCUUGUGUGGUCGGACCCAGAGGAUGUGGACACCUGGGCCAUCAGUCCACGAGGCGCCGGCUGGCUGUUUGGCUCCAAAGUCACUAAUGAGUUUGUUCACAUCAACAACCUGAAGCUCAUCUGCCGCGCACAUCAGCUGGUCCACGAAGGCUACAAGUUCAUGUUCGAUGAGAAGCUGGUGACCGUGUGGUCGGCGCCCAACUACUGCUACCGCUGCGGGAACAUCGCGUCCAUCAUGGUCUUCAAGGACGUGAACAGACGAGAGCCCAAGCUGUUCCGUGCCGUGCCCGACUCCGAGCGCGUUAUACCUCCCCGAACGACCACACCCUACUUCCUCUAAUGAGUCCCCUCCAUUCUCUCUCUCCUCUCCACCUGAGAGAGCUCAACUCUCAGACGUACUUAUAUGCAACAGAUUUUAAGAAACAUCCUGUUCAGGUGUCCAGCAUCAGGCUACAGUCUGUCCCACGCCCACUUUGUUCUGUCAGAGGAAAAACUCCUCCUCCACCCCAACGACAAAAUUCUACUUUUACAUUUCUUGAUAUUUUAGAUUUACAUAUUUUAGAUUUACAUGAUAAGAAAAUGUUUUGAUGUUGUGUAUCCCACUGAAGCAAAUAAAACAUUUAAAUUAAGUGGUGCCAAUAAUACAUGUUGAAAUAAAUAUAUUUCUUAAAAUAUGACUAUAGCAGCUUGAUCUCAUGCUUGUCUUCUCCUCUUUGUGAUCAGUUCUUGAAUUAGGACGUAGACUGUUGUUGUUAAGUCGUCCUCAGACGCACACUAUAUAAACAGCCACUGAGCCCAUCCCACAGCAUCCCGCCUUAAAUGCUGGUUUCAUUUUUUAAAUGUAAUUGUCUUUUUAAUUUAUUGUUUUUAAAGGGUCCUGUCUUAUUGCAGAUGCUGUGUAAAUUUUAUGGCAAACAUCCACAAGUGUCUGUCUCAACAUCAUCUCGUCACUGUGUCUGUAGUCUGAUGAAUUGUUGAUGUGGCUUUUAUAGAAACCAUCAUUUAAAAUUGGAAAUAAACUUUACAGUGCAGGUGCAUUUUCUUGAAGAGCUCAGCUCCGUAGUUGCAUUUGUAGCAGAGAACUUCUCUUUGAUGUUCCUCAUUUUUGUAAUUUGAAUAAAACAUUAUUCAUUAAAUCUUG